AUGUUUUGCAGUCGCCCCUGUCGUCAUAGCAACGACCUGCAGUGUGAUGGUCUGGGACCGAGGCAGACGCUCCCAGUGGUCCCCCGUCCCCUGACGGAGACUAAAGACUUUGCUUUUCAGAGACAGUGCUGUGGGAGGAUGAGCUUAACACUUAUCCACAGUGGGCUGAAUGCUCUUGUCCUGCUCUGUAAGGUGAAGAUGACGGGCCACGUGGCGGAUGGGGAGCGGUCCCCCCACAACCUGUCCGUUAAAACCACCCUGGAGGAAGAGAUCGGGAGAGCCGAGAGUAUUCUGAGCAGGUACCCAGAAAAUCCCAAUAAAGCAAAUCCUCAGGUUGUCCUGUUCAGGGUGCCAUCCGUCUGGGAUGACACAUCCUCAGAGCUACAAAGAGUGGCUGCUCUCGACCCCCACGGAGGAAACUCCAGGAACUCCUUACAGAGGAACGGAGCCAUCUCCAGAAUGGUGAACCUGAUUGUGCGACUGAGGGAAUGGGCACACAGGAGCCUUUUGGAGGAGGAGGAGCGGCCCGACUCUUUCCUGGAGCGCUUUCGGGGCCCCGAGCUGAGGAUGGCCCCCAGUCGCAACAGCAACACACAGCUGGACGCCAACGGCAACAACGCCAAAGGGAUCUUCAGUUUCACUAAAAAGUGGGAUUUAUUUGUGGUGUCCCCAUCUGAUAACGCCUACUACCGCUGGUUAUUCGUUAUUGCCACGGCGGUGCUCUACAACUGGUUCUUGGUUGUUGUGAGGGCCUGCUUUGACAGGCUGCAGACGGAAAACUACAUCUGGUGGCUGGUGCUGGACUAUCUCUCUGACACGGUGUACAUAAUGGACACUAUUGUUCGGCUUCGCACAGGCUUCCUGGAGCAGGGCCUGCUGGUGAAGGACCACGCCAAGCUCAGAGACAGCUACGUCCGGACCCUGCAGUUCAAGCUGGACGUGCUGUCCAUCCUGCCCACCGACCUGGCCUACGUGGCCACGGGAAUAAACACGCCGCAGCUCCGCUUCAACCGCCUGCUGCGCUUCCCGCGCAUGUUCGAGUUCUUCGACCGCACCGAGACGCGCACCAACUACCCCAACAUGUUCCGCAUCUGCAACCUGGUGCUCUACAUCCUGGUCAUCAUUCACUGGAACGCCUGCAUCUACUACGCCAUUUCCAAGUCUCUGGGGUUCGGAUCUGACACCUGGGUUUUCCCGAACAUCUCCAAGCCGGAGUUCUCCUCUCUGACCCGCAGUUACGUCUACUGCCUGUACUGGUCCACGCUCACCCUCACCACCAUCGGCGAGAUGCCGGCGCCCGUUCGGGACGAGGAGUACCUGUUUGUGGUCUUCGACUUCCUCGUCGGGGUGCUGAUCUUCGCCACCAUCGUGGGAAACGUGGGCUCCAUGAUCGCCAACAUGAACGCCACGCGGGCCGAGUUCCAGGCCCGGAUCGACGCCAUAAAGCACUACAUGCACUUCCGCAGAGUCAGCAAGGAGCUGGAGACCCGGGUCAUCAAGUGGUUCGACUACCUCUGGAUGAACAAGAAGGCGGUGGACGAGCAGGAGGUGCUGAAGAACCUGCCCAACAAGCUGAGGGCCGAGAUCGCCAUCAACGUCCACCUGGAGACCCUGAAGAAGGUGCGCAUCUUCCAGGACUGCGAGGCGGGCCUCCUGGUGGAGCUGGUCCUCAAGCUCCGGCCCCAGGUCUUCAGCCCGGGCGACUACAUCUGCCGAAAGGGCGACAUCGGCAAGGAGAUGUACAUCAUCAAAGAGGGGAAGCUGGCCGUGGUGGCCGAGGACGGGCUGACGCAGUACGCCCUCCUCACGGCCGGGAGCUGCUUCGGAGAAAUCAGCAUCCUGAACAUAAAAGGCAGCAAAAUGGGGAACCGCCGCACCGCCAACAUCCGCAGCCUGGGCUACUCGGACCUGUUCUGCCUCUCCAAGGACGACUUGAUGGAGGCGGUGACGGAGUACCCGGACGCGAAGACGGUCCUGGAGGAGAGGGGGCGGGAGAUCCUGAAGAAGGAGGGCCUCCUGGACGAGAGCGCGGAGGGAGGGGGGCUGCAGAAGGAGGACACGGAGGAGAAGGUGGAGAGGCUGGAGUCCUCGCUGGACACCCUGCAGACCCGGUUCGCCCGCCUGCUGAACGAGUACACGCACACGCAGCAGCGCCUGAAGCAGCGCAUCACGCUGCUGGAGCGCAGGCUCCACCAGACCGACGUCGGGGCCGAGGCGGCCAGGGAGGAGGUGCUGGAGGGAAGCGAGUCCGGACCCGCUUCCCAUCCAACUGGACCUCAAAGUGACGCUUAG